CUGACUCAGGACGCGUUCGCGUUCUUGGACCCCAGGAGCUUCAUCCGGACGCUCUAAGCCUUUCAUCGAGCUCAGACAAGAGUCGCGUGCCCUUCCGCACACAUCUCAUCUCUCUCUCUCUUCCCCACUUCCCUCCCCCCCACAUUGACUCACUCAAUUCUACCUCGACGUUCACCAUGGCCGACAUCGUCUACAGACAAUACAGGGGCGAAGAUGACCUCCCGUACAUCAUGAGUCUCGUCCAAACAGAGCUUAGCGAACCGUAUGUUAUCUUCACGUAUCGCUACUUCCUUAGUCAAUGGCCCGAACUGGCUUUCCUUGCUAUUCCUCCAGGUUCAUCCGAACCGAUUGGGGUCAUCGUUUGCAAACAAGAUGUACAUACCCGCGGAGCUAACAGAGGGUAUAUAGCCAUGCUCAGUGUCAACAAGAACUGGAGAAAGCGGGGCGUAGCCAGCACUCUUGUACGCCGCUCUAUCGAAGUCAUGAAGCAACAUGGUGUUCAAGAGGUUGUUCUUGAAACAGAAUAUGAUAAUGCAGCCGCACUCUCCCUUUACGAAUCUCUCGGAUUCAUCCGCGAGAAGCGCCUGUAUCGCUUUUACCUGAACGGCAAGGAUGCUUUCCGCCUUGUAUUGCCUGUACCACCGUCUGCCACUCAAGAAGCCGCAGCAGAUGCAAGUUUGUACCUCGGCUUCGCGUCCAUACUCCACCUGCAGUCCAUCGCUGCCUAAUCACCGGCACCCACGGCCCUUACCCUACACGUGUCUUGACUUGCUAUCAUAUUAGUACCCUAAUUAUUACCGAUUACUUUGCCAGCUCACAGCCGUGACUUCACUCGCACAUUACGGCUCCCCUCCUUUCUACACUCUCAAUUCUCUGGGCUUUUGCUUUGCUCAAGCUUUGCUUGGUAUUAUUGGCUACGUUGAUAUCGCUCGCAUAGUACCAUUGUAUAAUAUUGUCCUCGUACAUGUACCUAUAACCCUGCUCAAGUUACCACUCU